CAGACCCAGAGAGGAGCAGCGAGCACGACUAUGUCCACUGUAACAGCUCAGCCUCUGCCAUUUGUCCUGGAGAGAGAGAAGCACAUUGAGAUGCUGUUCAGAGCCUUCAGCAGGAGGUGGAGACCCUCCACAGGCCCGCAGGAGCUUACUGCCCCACAUGACCACAGACACAGCCACAUCUCUUCCCACCAGUCCAGUGAUGGUGGAGGGAUCCGGACAGUGGGAAUGGAGAUGAACAGCAUGGGUAAAGAAGAGCAGUGGAUCACUGCGGGAUUACCAGCAGGUCUAGCUGUUCUGAGAACAGUCCGCCAGCUGCACAUCACUGCCAUACCUGAGCUCCAAGGUCCCCGGUGCAUAGCCCGCAGGACAUACAGCAUCACCACGGAAACCAGAGAACAACUGUUUGUGGCUGUGGAAGAGAGCUCAUGUGUGUGUGUGCAGUGCUGUGGGCCUGCUCGCUCCUGCUCUCUCCAGGGUUUCGACCAAGACCACCAACACGUCUUCCAGUUUGAAAGGCCCCUGAGGGCAGACUCAUGCUGUCUGGGCUGUUGUCUGAUGGAAAUGAGAGCGUACACGGCCCAGAGGGAGCUCAUCGGCAGCGUCCGCCAGAGGUGGAGUAUGUUAACACCAUACUUCGAAGUGUGUGACUCUGCAGGGUCCUCCACAGUAAGGAUACAAGGCUCCUGCUGCUCAGUACGCUGCCUCGCCGACCAGGAGUUUCAGGUUGUCUCCAUGAUUGGUGAGCGCAUUGGAACUGUAUGGAAAAAGUGGCCAGGGUACAAUGAGGGCUGUAACAUGGAUCAUGAGCAUUUCGGCUUGGAUGUGCCCCAGAAUCUGUGUGUGAGUACCAAAGUGCUGCUGCUUGCUGCUACAUUUCUCCUGAAUCAUAUGUUUUUCGAAAUGAGCUGA